AACAGAUAAUCUUGCUUCCUUCACAGUGUAAAUUUGUGGGAACAGUCAUUUUUGGGCCACAGUGCGUCACGUGAUGAUGUAAUUACACAGUUUGGCCACCACGAACGUUGUCUUCAAAGCCUGACGCACUUUCUGGUGGUUUGUUGAGACAACACAGGCAUAAAAAAGGAUGCUGCAAAUAAAUAAAUAAAUGUAGUUUUUCACACAGAUAAUCUGAAAAAUGCUGAUUAUUGGCCCCAAUAAUCGGUCCAACCUGAACCGAAAUGAUGCACACACUCGAGCACUGCCAGGUGAUGUUACCAUGUCAUGUCAGGUGUGUCGCUCGGAGCCUGAAGAAAAACGGUGUCAGGUGUAAUUUUGCCUGAUUUAGCUUUUCUCUGCAGCUGCAAGCAGCAAUUCCACAGACCAGCGAAUCUGCCCCUUUGGAGCAGCAUGUUUGGAACGAACUCGGCACAAUAGUUCAACAAACACUCCUGCAAGACGACGAGAGGGGAGGCAGGUUCAUGACAUUAAAAGCCAGAACACUGAGUCACUUGAUUGAGAACAAAAGAACCGAUCAAAGUAGCAGGUCAAGGUGUAUUUGUACUGGCUGAAACUGAAUAAUUCUGAGUAUCUGAGUAUUUUGAAGGAGACUCAGUGAAGCAAGUUUUCAACAAACAACUCAGUUUUAUGUCAGAGAUAUUUAAACAUCGACCAUCAAAGCGAGACGUGAUGAAACCGUGCAGCAACUCGCAUGCAGAUAAAUAAUUAAAGGCCGUCCGUCACAUCAAUUCGAAACGGUCAAGAAACCAGAAGCGUUCCAGAAUUUUCACCAAAAUGAAACUGAACUCGGCGUCGAGAUGAAACUGGGUCAUUUUUUAUUCAUGAAGCUCGAGAUGGUAAAACGGAGGAUCUAAAUGAAAAGUGUUACGGCUGCUGGAGGGCUGGCUCUGCAGAUUCAGUGCUACCAGUGUGAGGAGAUGACACACGACUGCUCCACGCCGGACUUCAUCGUCAACUGCACCGUCAACGUGCAGGACAUGUGUCAGAAGGAGGUGCUGGUGAAGGAGGACGGGAUUCACUACCGAAAGUCGUGCGCCUCGUCGGGAGCCUGUCUCAUCGCCUCCUCUGGCUACCAGCAGUUCUGCACCGGCAAGCUGAACUCGGUGUGCAUCACCUGCUGCAACACGCCGCUGUGUAACGGGCCGCGGCAGAAGAAACGCCCGCCGCCGUCGGCCGGCGUUGCCCUGAGCGCCACGCGGCUCCCCGUGUUCUCUCUCUACGUCCUGCUGUCCUCCGCCCUGUGCUGACAGAGCUGACGUGGAAAUGUUGUGACAGCGGCGACGACGUGAACCGAACUGUUCCAGAGACACUGACGGAUACGUAGAUAUAAAAAUUCUGUGUACAGUUAUUUGUUCUUGGCUCUCUGUCGCCCACUGGGAACAUUUUUCAUCAUCACACGUGUCGUAAACAUGAUGGCGGCGGUGCAGCUGGGCGAGGUGACGUCAGAGGAAACAGCUCCCGGGUUUUGUGUCGGGCAGCAGGCGGCUCAUUCUCAUCCGUCCUUUGUUUACUCACACGACAAGGUCGAACACGAGGCGUGUUGCAGGAAAACUACAGCUCAGACCUGCCAGUCGUCGUCUGAGCCCGACGAGGAGCUCUGUGCUUUCUUCUAAAAUCAAAAACCCGGGACAAUCGUUUCACUGCAUUUAUGAACUGGAGAGGACGAUGUGUGAUGUGUUUGACAACGAUUCUGCACAGGCAGGUGCAGUCAGGUGAUGGGAAACAUUCGCAGCAGUGAUGAUAUUAAAGCCUCCAGCAGCCCUUCGGCCUUUCAGAGCUCCAGUGUGAUCGUAUCAGACCGACAGCUCACUGGAAACAGACGAGAACACAGUGGGAAACAUAAAAACAUCAAAUUUGUAUCCAGAAAUGUAAAAAAUAAACCAAUCACCUAUAAAAUGCACACGAAAAAUGUAAAUGUCUCAUGUGGAAACGUCCAGUUCACAUUGAAAUUCGACUGAAUGUUAUUUUUCUCAUGUGGAAAAAAGACAUUCACAGUUAAAAGUGUGUGAAAAUGUUGAAAUCACAUGUAACGAGUCAGAUUUCCAGUGAUUUGAUGUGCAAUCUUUUAUUUCUUUUGUUUCACAUCUGAACAGGUGUAAAUUAUGUGAAUAUGUAAUUUCACUUCGAAUCUUAAUCAUGUAAAAAUAUUUAAUUUGACUUUUUUUUUCAAGUUCACAAUUUGGCAAAAUGACUUGUAAUGUAAAAAUGUAACUCAACUGCAAAUUAAAUUGUGUGAAAACGAUUGGGUGGAUGUGACAAAGUAAAUUUCACAUGAUUUUAUGUGCAAUGUGUUUUUUUCUGCAUGAGGAAAUUCUAAUUCACAUGUGAAAAUGUUUAUUUCUUAUGUGGCAGUUUUCAGUUACAUGUGGAAACUCAUUUGUGAAACUGUCACAUGUGACAUUAUCAAACUUUUACAUAAAAAGUUUGUUUCACAUGGAAAGAAAAGCCAAAUGCAUGUGAAAAUGUUGAGUUCACAUGUGAUGAAGCAAAUUUCACAUGAUUUUACGUGCCACUUGUGAAACAUGUGAACGUUUUCAUUAUAAUUUCCCCCCCAAAAAAGCCAAAACAUCCGUGAAAACUUCAAGUUCACAUGUGAACAUCUGUUGUCAUGUUAAAAUAAAAUGUGUUAAAAUGUUGAAUUAAAAUGUGAAGAAGUAAA